CAGCUGCAGAGGGAGAGAUGAGUCUGAGCUGCUCCAGGACACAGCUGGGAAAGGAGAUGAAAGGACUUCACUGCUGAAGGCAUGCUGUGGGAUUUAGGACUUUACCUCCAUCAAAUAGUUCUUGGUCUAUCUGACAUGUUCCUCACACCUUUUAAUGACAGCAGAGAGAGAUGAACUGGAUGGAGAAUCUCAAAGUCUGCAGCUGAAAGUCAGCUUGGUCCUUGGUGUUAUGGUGGAAGAGCAAAAUGUUGUCUUCUCUUGUCUGAGCGUGGCGAAGCAGAAACCUUGCACCAGUUGGUCACCAUGAACGCCUCCAUGGCAGUACUCGCUAACGACACCACACCGCUCUGCUACUCCAUCAACAGCCCCCCAUUCAGGUACAACCACACCAUCGCCUCGGCCUACUUCUCAUCGGUCUUCAGCGUUUUGGGCCUCAGCUCCAACCUCAUAGCCUUUGUGGUUCUCAUCAAAUCCUUCCGUCAGACACAUAGCCGCUCUCGCUCCUCCUUCCUAAUCUUCCUCUGUGGCCUGGUGGUCACAGACUUCAUGGGUCUCCUGGUGACAGGCUUGAUUGUGGUCUCCUUUCAUGUUACACAAUUUAACUGGCGUCAUAUAGACCCAAAGUGCCACUUCUGCAACUUCAUGGGCAUGUCCAUGGUGUUUUACGGACUGUGCCCUCUGCUGCUUGGUGCUGGCAUGGCAGUGGAGCGCUUCAUUGGCAUCAACUGUCCUUUUGCACGCUCCUUCAGCAUGCCCAAGACCCGGGCAGUCUCUAUGGUGAUGACUGUGUGGCUGUUUGCUGGCUGCAUAGCUUUGCUGCCCUUAUUAAAUGUGGGCAGCUACCACAUUCAGAUGCCAGGGUCCUGGUGUUUUUUCAACAUCAGCUCACUGGGAAGUGACUUGGUCUUCUCGUUGAUCUUCUCAUUGAUUGGUUUGCUGUCCAUUACUGCAUCUUUUGUGCUGAACACUGUGAGUGUCGUGACGCUGAUCAAGGUGUGCUGCGGUCAGGACAGGACACAGCGUCGCCGUGACUAUGAGGUGGAAAUGAUGGUGCAGCUCAUUCUGAUUAUGGUCAUCGCCUCCAUCUGCUGGUGCCCCCUGCUGGUGUUUAUUGCAGAGACUGUGCUGUCCAGCAGACAAGCCCAGAUCCACUACCUGCUGCUAUGGCUUCGCUUUGCCACGUGGAACCAGAUCCUGGACCCCUGGGUGUACAUCCUAUUUCGCCGGGCAGUUCUUAAACGAAUCUACCCUCGUUUCGAUUGGUCCCAGGGCUCCAUAAUGGCCUCAUCAUUUCGUGGCACCAUCCGUAGGUUCACACGCAGUUCUCUGAGGAGCAGGCUUGACCAGAAUGAGAGAGAAGAAGCUCAAAAACCAAGUAUAACACCUUCAUUUACCAUGAAGCCCCAGCCUCCUUCUACCUGAGUGGUUGGAACUGUAUUGUAUCAAUGACAUCACCGCAGCAUUCUGUGUUUAUUACUACUCGCUGAUGUAAUGUGGGAUUGCACCGAUGAUCUUAAGGGAUCAAACAUAGUCCUGCUCGUACUUAAUAGUUAAAUAGUUUGCAGUGUUAAAAGGACACUUUAAUUCAGAACACCUAAUUUGCAAGCAGAGGUUGAUUUGUAAUGGGCAUAAAUUCAUUUUCAAACUAGAAGGAUGCUCAGUGGAAUCACCAACACCAGUCCCAGUCCAUAUUUCAUCAGAAUAUGGACUGGAGCUAGAGUUGGGCUACCAAUAUGUGCCUGUAUUUGUCUAUGUCCUUGGAUAAGACACUUCCUCUACAUUGACAGCCAGAAUGCAUCUGAAAAAUGCACAACAGAUUGACAGCCAUCUUGGUCCGUAGUCAUGAUGUAAUGUCAUGGCACUGGCUGUUACCUGUCUGAAAGUCACUGAAUAGAGUCUGUGGUUAGAUCCAUGUUUUGAAGGCCAAUCUCAUGCUGUGCUGGCCUUCACUUCUGCAGUUGGUCUCACUGGCACUCAAAAAUAACUAAACAACUAAAUAAAAAUUCCUACUUUCCUCCUCAAAAUAUUAUCUUUGGAAAAUCUGUCCACCUAAUAAACAUCACUAGUCAUGUGACUACAUCCUGCUAAAACACACAUUUUAACCAUUUUGAAAUAUUCACCGUCAAAGUCCCCCCAAAAAACCCUGUUUCACACUGUAAAAAAAAUCAUUUUUUUCUAAUUCAUUUCAAUAGAGGGCCUCGAGGGGCCAUGAUGUCUUCAAAGUCCACAUUCCUCACAGUUUAAGGUUUCUGAGCAUUUAUCAGCAGCAGGUGAAAUCAGGCUAAAUUCCCCCAUGUUUAUGAUUUUAUUUCUCAGGGCAUGUGGUACCAAAAAUGAAAUUUUGAGCAAAAGUUGUUAAUACUUAUAUACAUGUGAUUUCUUAGGUUUUUAUUUUUAAUAAUUUUUUUCAUGUUGCCAUUAUGGGGUGUUGUGAGCAAAAUUUUGAGGAGAAAAAAUGGAUUUAUUCCAUUUUGGAAUAAGGCAGUAAAAUAACAAAAUGCGGACAAAGUGAAGCACUGUGAAUAUUUUCUGGAUGAACUGUAUAUUCUAUUUGUAGCUCAUGACAUAUGUCGUUGUCACGUUAUGCAACUAUAAUGGUAGCACAAACAUUUUUUAGUGUCCAACACCAGUUGUUCAGUUCACUUCAAUUGGUCAUUCCUGAAAAAGGCCUAUUGGUGUGUUUGAUAGCAAUAUCCAGAAUUUUUCCAGUACUUCUCCAGAUGGACCUUGAACCUGGCUGUUGACUCUGCCAAGAGUUCAGGAGACAAUCACUAUUCUAUAUGAGAAACAGAAUUACUUGAUCGUGAGCCUCUCUCUAGCCUUGAAUACUAUUAAGUACCAACCUCUGAAAUUUCUUAAUUCCCUCUUUGUUUGUCACAAUUUUAAAUAACUUGAUAAGAUCAUCCCUUUGAUAUCUCACUAGUAAGGACAGCACAAGGUGUUUCAACCACUCUGCACAGCUGAGGUUGCCUAGACAUGGGACCAUUUUUGUGGCUCACCUUUGUACACCCUCCAAGACUUUAACAUCUUUCACCAAAUGGCAGUUCUACACCUGCACACAGUAUUCAAUGGUCUGACAUAAGUUGUAUACAAAUACUGAUCCAUGCGGCACACCACUUGUUAUUUCCCAUUCUGAAUGGCUUCCCCAAUGCAGUCUCAUUGGCAUUUGCAAUGGCAUCACUUAAACUGUUCUAUUAGAUUGUGAUACCCUCAUGAAAAUCUAUGACAUUGAGUAAGGGUAUCAUAAUCUAAUACCAUGGGCCAGUUGUUCAAAAGUAAUCUGAUUGGAUUUUGGUUAUUGGAUUGCAUCAAGUCUUGAAAAUGGGUUGUUCAAAAGGGAAAGAAGGAUUCUGAAAUUGGAUUAGAUCAUAUAAUCCAAUCCUAGUUUUAAUCUGGAUCAAACCUUCACUUUGUGUUGUUCAAAACAUUUCAGUAGGAUCUGGAUAACUUUAAUCCAAAAAAAAAAAAAAAGGAUUAUCCUGAUUCCAACAGGGGGCAG